AUGAAUACAAAUGGUGGAGGAACCAUUCUCUCUCGAACAUCAGUGGCAGCCAGUAAAGGAGGAUGGAAAUCAUCCAACAAUGACGAUGAUGAGAAUAGUUAUCCAUCAACAUUAACAUCAUCAACAAUAAAUAAUAGUAAAACAUUGGAAGAUGAUCGGGAUGAUGGAAAAGAUCGUUCAUCUACUAUGAAAGAGGUGUCAAGUCCAUCUUCAUCAUUAUCAGGAGGAGAGAUUGCCUAUUAUCAGGAAGAGGAAAUUUCUAACAAUGGCGAUGAGUCAAAUAUUAAUUAUUCUGAUGAUUAUGAACAAAUACAACCAUCGUCAGUACUUGUUAUGGAGGAAUUUGAUUCGGAACAAAAAGGAAAACGAAGAAUAAUUUAUGGAAAUGUAGAAUCACAUUGUUUUGAGAGGGAACAGCUGAUACAUGAACAUUAUCAUGAUCAGGAAUUGACUGAAGCCAUUCAAAUAAGGAAAGAAUUUUCAAGAGAACGAAAUUUUAAUUAUCCCAGAUAUUCUGACAAUACAAUUAGUAAUACUAAGUAUAGAUGGUACAACUUCUUGUGGAAGAGUAUUAGUGCUCAAUUUUCAUUAAGAAUGAAUCAGUACUUUUUGGCAUUGGCCUGUCUUCAGUUUUGGAAAGCUGCCAGUCCAACUAAUCCAAUAUAUCAGAAGGACUCUGAAAUUAAUAGCAAAUUAGUGACAAUUAUCAGACAUGGAAAAACUGAAACAAUUCCUUCCUAUCAACUACAAGCAGGAGAUAUUGUCUAUCUGCAAGAUGAUGAACAGAUUAGAGCUGAUAUGGUUCUCAUUCAUUCAAGCAAUGUCCUGAAAAAAGAAGGCUUUUCCACAGUAACAGGUGGUAUUGCCUGGGUGGAAACAAGUGCUCUCGAUGGAGAAUCUCACUACAAGGAGAAGAAAUCUAUUGGUGCAAUCCAGAAACUUUUAACUACCUCCAGUGGUGAAAGUGAAGUAUCAAUGGUAAAUGACUUUUCAUGUAUUAUUGAAUGUAAUGCUCCUAAUGCAGAUUUGGAUCAUUUCAAAGGUGAAAUAAUCGUACCCUACAAGAAUAGAAUGGACAGGUUUUCAGUCACAUCUAAUAAUUUACUAUUACAAGGCACAACAUUGAAAAGUACCGCAUCUGCUUUGGCUGUAGUAAUUUAUACUGGAAAUGAAACAAAAAUUGGAAUGAAUAGAAAGGAAGUUGAAAUGAAAUGGACCAAGAUGGAUAACUUUAUCAACCAUGUAGUAGUUGGAAUUUUUAUUGUCCAGUUUUCUAUUGGAUUGGCCUUUGGAUUAAUUGGCAAUUAUCUCUAUUUUAAUAAUGGAAAGAAUAUGUUUUAUCUUAAUACGGCCGUAGAUUUUCAACAUUCCAAGCUUGUCACUGGUUACUACAUUCUUGAUGUGCUUGAAUAUUUUGCUGAAAAGAUAUUGCCUUACCUAAUCAUACCUCUGAGAUUUACCAUGUUAUGCUCUCUAAUGAUUCCACAAUCUUUGAAAAUCACGUCAGAUGUAGCCAAGUACAUUAUCUCAAUGUUUUUCAUACCAAAAGAUGACCUUUUAUGUGAUGCUCAGGGGAAUAGAACUAGUGCAUCCAAUACUUCUGUAGCAGAGGACUUGGGUCAAAUAGAUUACAUUUUCAGUGACAAGACAGGUACCCUAACAGAGAAUUUAUUGACACUCUCUAGAGUUAUUGUUGAUGGAAAGGUUGUUGAUGCCUCAGUUUCUCAUCAUCCUACCAGCAUAAAUACUCACAAAAUUGGUUUCCUCAAUGAGCAAUGUAAUUUUACAGAGAGCACAUUGUCCUUCCUGAGAAAUUUGGCCCUUUGCCAUACAGUUUAUUGCGACAAUUCAACAAGUGGAUCCUUCUUGCCACAUUACAGAUCGAGCUCGCCCGAAGAGGAUGCCUUUGUCAAAUAUGCAGCAUAUCAAGGAGUUGUUUUAAAUUACAGAGAUGAGGAAAGAAUGAUUUUGAGAAUCCAUUCAGAUGCUAAUAAUUUUACUUUGGAGGAAUAUAAUAUAUUGAAAGUAAUUCACUUCACUUCAGAUAGAAGAAGAAUGUCCAUAAUUGUAAAAAGAAUAUCUGACGAUCCAAACCAGUGUAAAUAUUAUAUUUUCUGUAAGGGAGCAGAUGAUGUUAUUUGUGAGAGGAUGAACAAUCAAGCAAAUGCUGAAAUACUACAAGAAACCUUGAGUCACAUUCAGAAUCUUGCCUCGAAAGAAGGACUUAGAGUAAUGCUUAUGGCUGGUAAAGAGCUUGCUAUGGAGGAAGUCACCACUUUCCUGGAAACAAUUUCACAAAUGGAAGAAGGAGAACAACAACCAAUUGUCGAUUCAAUAGAGAAGGAGUUUCUGUUACAUGGAGCCACUGCUAUGGAAGAUAAACUUCAAGAAGGAGUUGGUGAGUGUAUUGAUAGCUUGAGAGAGGCUGGAAUCUCUAUUUGGAUGCUCACAGGUGACAAGAUGGAAACAGCUGUACAAAUUGCUCAUGCCUGUCAUCUGGUUCCUUCAUUACAUCAAGAUUUAAUCGAUAUAUCCCAUCUGAAAGGAAAUUCCUUCUCCUCUGUUAGAGAUUCUCUGAGAAUAAUUUCAGAAAAAUACGAUGAAUUGGAAUCUAAUAUUUUCAAAUGUUUAGUAUUUGAAGGAAGAGUAUUGAAUUUCAUAUUGGAUGAACAAGAGUCAACAGAUUUGGAGAAUGUUUCAACUUUUUUAAAGCUUUGCAAAUCAGUGAAUGCAUGUGUUAGCUGCAGAAUGACUCCCAAAUUGAAAGGAAAGAUUGUCAGACUCAUUAAAUAUCCGCUCUCCUCAGAAGAUUCCAACAAUAGACUUCAAUCGCUCUCCUCUCCAAUUUGUUUGGCUAUUGGAGAUGGUGGAAAUGAUUGUAACAUGAUUCUAGAGGCAGAUGUUGGUAUUGGUAUCAGUUCGAGUGCCAAAAUAGAUCAAGAAACUCAUCAAGAGGUCAAUACAGAGUCAGAACAUUUACAGGCUGUUAGAGCAGCUGAUUUUGGCAUUCCAAGAUUUAGUAUGUUGAAACGUCUCUUACUUGUGCAUGGAAGAAACAGUUACAAGAGAUUGGCUCUCAUUUCACAGUACACCAUGUACAAAUCAGUUGUUUUGGCUGCAUGCCAGCUUGUUUAUAAUUUACUUUUCACCUAUUUCAGUGGAAAUACUAUUUUACAAUCCCAUUCUCUGGUUUUUUAUAACAUCCUUUAUACUAGUGUUGUGCCAUUUGCAUUUUCUAUGGGGGAUGUGAGAAUUGGAGAUUUAAUACGGUACAUUACUCCAGCUUCACUUAAAUUGGGAAGUGCUAAUAAUGGACAUUCAUUUGAAGUUUCUGAUAUGGCUCUAGAAAAGAUUCCAGAGCUAUACAGAUCCUCCAGAAGAGGAGAAACCUUAACACAAACCAGCUUAUUUUUAUGGUUUUUGAAUGCUGCCUAUCAAGGUUUUAUUAUUGUAUUAUUCACUUGCUUUGGAAUUGGUUAUUAUGGAGCCAAUAUUUUGAGUAGACCUCAAAAUUUUCAUGAAAAUUCUCUAAAUAUUGAAAUAUCUAGAUUUGGGAAAUUUAAAAAUGAUUUGGAGCAUAUUAAUAGUUUGAUGAUUUUUAUUAUUGUUUCUGUACAAUAUCUAACAGUUAUGAUAAUGGAAAGGUGUAAUCAUGUAAAAUUCCAUCCUGGUAUCACUCAAAAACCAUCCCCUUCUUUACUAAAUCUGAGAUUAUCAACUGUUAUAAUGGGAUUAAGUAUUUGUGUAUUCCUUAUUGUUAAUAGCAUGUCGUUUUUGGGAGGAAAUUUGGGACAUUUGGAAGGAAGAUUGUGGAGAGUUUUCCUAGUAUUGGGAGAUUAUUCAUUGUUUUAUUUGGUAGCUCUAAUUGCUAUUUCAUUAUGUAUCUUACCAAGUUUAUUGGUCAUAUGGGGAGUUAGAGAUGCAUCUUUCUUUUUAUUAUUGAAAAACCUCAAACAUUUAAUUGGUAAUGGUUGUUCAACAUAUUCAACACUUUCAACCUCUGACUCAGAUGAAGAAGAGUCACUUGAUGAAUCUGACAGACUUCUCCUUAGAUAUAAUGUAUCUGCAUAUAUCAGACAGCGAGAAGAACAAUUCUAUUCAGCAACAGAUGCCAACAGUAUUGAUUCUGAAAAAUUAGACCAAUUUUAUGGAAAAUUGAGAAAGUUGGUGCGAUUAUCGAUGGGCUUAUCAGAGCUUUAAUAAAAACCAAUUAAUAAAUUCCAU